GGAUGUCUCGAGUUACACGCCAAAAACAUGUUCUCAAGGAGAUGAUGGAGGACGACUACGAGCUGCCCAAAGAUAAUCAACAAAUUGUUCGAGUGGUCUGCAGCCGCGGCAAUAAUCUACAUGAGGUGGAAACCGCCAAUGUGGAUGAUGAACGGUUUCUUGUUACUAUGCCCAAUAAAUUCCGCAAGAAUGUCUGGGUAAAACGUGGCGAUUUCAUAUUAGUGGAACCCAUUGAGGAGGGCGACAAGGUAAAAGGUGAAAUAUGCAAAAUAUUAACACCAGAACACAUUAAGGAAUAUAAAAAGGCUGGAGUGUGGCCGGACAGGUUUGCCAUGAAAUCUAAUAAAGACAAUUAUCAAACCAAUCUGCCAAAAAGUUCGUCUGAAGACGAAGAAGAGGAUGACGAUGAUGAUCUUGAACCAAAUAUGAAUCGGCCAGCUGCUAGAAUAAUUGAAGAUUCCGAUGACAGUGAUACUGAUGAUGAGGAAGACAGUUCUGAAGAAGAAUAA